AGGGGAGGGAAGCGGAUGAGAAGUGGGCGUGGCCAGCGUGCUGAGUGCAUUGGAAGCCGCGGGAGAGAGAGGCAGGAAGUGAGUAUGGAUGCCACUCAGCGCCUUGACUACAGUGAUGGUGAGGAUGAUACGGCAGUAAAUAGAGACAGACCUGCGGGCAACCUGCAUAUGUUUGCUGGGAUCCAUGGACCAGCACGGGAUUUCCCCAUUUACUACGGGCAGAAUAUCAUUGGCCGUCAUGCUAGCUGCGAUAUCACCCUGCCGGCGCAGUCCGUGUCCAAGAAACACGCCAUCCUGCAAGUGAGAGGGGAUUGUCACACCAUAUGUGACAAGGGCAGCCUCAACAAGACCCGACGUAGCAAGAUAGCCCUGGCACCGGACGUACAUUACGCCCUGGCUGAUGGAGACUUCCUGCUGUUUGCCGACGUGGCUUGCCGAUACACUGUGCAUGACAAGGUAGAAGCAGAGACGACGGGUGUAGAGGAGAGCGAGGACGACUCUGUUAUGGUUCCCCCUACUCAGGGAGCUCUGGCUAUUGAAAAGACUCCAGGUGCUGCUAUAAGGAGGAUAGCACGGGGGGCUGUACUGGCCAGAGACUCUGGAGAUGAGGAUGAAGAGGAGGAAAGACAGACACGAAGGCACGAAGGAGGUUGUGGAUCCUUCAAGGACAGUUUUAAGUCCUCAAGUACAGGAGCCGUUUUCCCACCUGAUGCCGACACCAUUGUGCCUGAAAGUGAUGAGGAAAUUGAUACAUCCACAUCAGAGACACAUCUUCCUACACUAAAUCCACCAUCUGAUAGCGAUACAGACACCUCAAGAAGAAGCUCCUUCGUACCUUGUUCACAGAACAUCUCCACACCGGUAGUUCUUAAGGAUCAGUCCAAACUCAUUGCAAGGACGUUGACUGUUGUAGACAAGGAAGAAAUGGAACCCGGGAAACCAUCAGAUGCUGAAAUAAAGCUGAGGUUGGAAGUAGAGGAAUGUAAGAAGAACCAAGAAGCAAUGGUGGAGUCCACAUCUGGUGGUAUAGUGCCUGUACCUCAUGUAGAGCUUAUAAGUACAAUAGGUGACAAUGUGAAGAAAGAGCCGGAGUGUGAAAAGUUGUUGCAAGAUGAUGCAUUAAACAAGCCAUCUUCUGAAGGUAAACCAGUGAGUAGUCCGUGUGGUGAAGAUGAGAAUGUGGCAUCCCCAAGAAGUGAGACUCUUCUGGAGGCCACAAGUGAGUCAAAGCCCAAAAUUGAUGCUUCCAUGCAGCACAACAAUGAACAACUUUCAGACACGGGUGUAAAACCGAAAGAAGAGAAUGUUAGCGCAGACAUGGAGUCAGAUAUUUCAGAAGAUUCAACUAAAUCUGGAAUAGAUGUUAAAACAGAAGAAACAUCUGGAAUCCAAAGCAACAGGACUGGAGAAGACAGCAAUGGUGGAGCCUUGGGAUCAGGUGGAGCCGAAUUCCACAUGGACGGUGACACUGAUGAUGAUGAAGAUGAAGCAGUGACUACAGGACCUGAUCUGGAGAAGGCCCAAACGCAUCAUGUUUCCGAAAUGAAGGAAUCUGAGAACAAUGAGAAAUCUGUUACUGGUGGAAAUGGAGGUGGCUCAGACAGCGAUACUGAUGUUGAGGAUGACCUGAAUGUCAUGAAGUCUAAGAGUGAUGAUGAAGUGAACAAAACAAAGGAUGAACCCAGUAAAGGUGAAGGGACCGCUGGAUUUGGUAUAGACAGUGACACUGAUGAUGAUGAUGUUGUAGACAUUCCCAAGCCGGCUGAGAGCAAUGCCGAACUGGACUCUAAAAGUAACACUGAAGAGAAGAAAGAAGAAUUCCACGCGGACAGUGACACAGAUGUGGAGGAAGAUGUGUCCACUGCUGAAGUGAAGGAAACUGAGCCGGAAUCCUCUAAGGAGAGCGGAAAGGAAACCAAAGAUGUAUUCAACUUAGACAGUGACACAGACGUGGAUGAAGAGGACGAUGUCUCCAGCAGAGACGUGACGCAUGGACCACAAGACUCUUCAGCAAGCGCAAAUGUCAAAGAGGCGACAGGCGUGGAUAGCGGCACAGAUGUGGAUGAAGAUGACCAGAUACCUGGUGGGUCAAGUGUUGCCCUGGAAAAAAAUUCAACUGAUGAACCAAAGGUGGUGGCCAAAGAGGCAUCUGCACUACAUGUGGAUAGUGAUACAGAUGUGGAUGAUGAUGAUGUUGCACCUGAAGGCACCACUCACAACGACAGUGCUAAGACAGGCUCAGAUGUGACUAAGGCUGCCGAACUGCACUUGGAUAGUGACACAGAUGUGGAAGAGGGUGAUGCAGAAGAAGCUAAAGUGGACCCCAGUAGCGUUCUGGAAAAUGCAGGUGAAGAUCGGAAAUCUUUAUCUUCACCCAAUGAGACCGCCGCAGUAUCUGAAAUCUCUACUGAACAAAGUAAAAAUCUACCUGCGCAAAUCGGAACGGAGGAUGAUGAGACUCAGAAGUCGGAAUCUGAAAGCAUUGACUUGGAUAUGAUGCCCACACAGUGCUUCCUGGAACCCCAAGAAGAAGAGUCAGAAUUACAAGAUGAAGAGGAGGCUACACAAGCUUUUAUACUCAGUUCCACGUGGGCAGAGCCGGAUCCAUUCAAGCGUCCUGCCGAUCCCAUAGGAGUGCUGCAGAUUUCAUCAGUGACCUUGAACACAUCUGAGGAGGAUAUAGAUGAGAAUGCAGUAGCCGAAACGCAGGCGUUUUGCAGUGAAGCAGAACCAAGAGGGCCAAGUCUCCAAGAGACACCAGAACCUGUUGAUAGAAGUGUAGAGGAAACAGUCCAGUCUUCAGGUAGUGGAGAAGAUUCUGAAAAGGAAGUCCGACAAUUGCCCGAUGAACCCAUUUCCCAGGAUGCUACACAACCAGUCUCCCAGUGCUUGUCUGGAAGACCUCCGGAGACUGGUACCUGGGUGCACCUUAAAAGAGAAGUUCCAGCUUCAGUUUGGAUAAGAGGCAUCGAGCAGGAAGGAGAUUCUAAGGAUCUGGAAGGAGACAAGGAAACAUCAGAAGAUGACACCCAGGCUUAUGAGCAGUCACUGAAUCUGGAGCUUGAAGCCACACAGUCAUAUAUUGACUGUCCGCCAUUUACAACGGACACCCCGGCAGUGCCCACUGCAGAAGAAGAAUAUGCAGAACCAGAUGUUCCUUCAGAGAAGAUUGAGCAGCCAAGUAGUGAAGAUACACCGGCAUCAGAAAGUGAUGUCACUCAGCCUUACAGUCCCAGCCAUACAGUCCCAGGGGUGGACAGUGGUACUGCACAAUCUUCAGCGUCGUCUAAAGAAACUACGGGUGAUGGUGCCACUCGGGCUGAGAGCAUACACCCAGCUGCCACGGAAGACGAUGAGACACAGGUGGUAACCCCAAGUGUUCCUGCUGCAGAGGACGUAGUGCCGGAGACGUCUACUAAGAGCAAAGAAAAGAUCUCUUUACGGAGAGGUCUAAGCAGAAGUAAGAGAAAAGAGGAACCUGCACAGAAUAUCCCGCAGACAUCAUUGAUAACUGAAGAGAAGACCUUAUCGAUACCUGAAGAGAAGACCUUAUCGAUACCUGAAGAGAAGACCUUAUCGAUACCUGAAGAGAAGACCUCAUCGAGACCUGAAGAGAAGACCUCAUCGAGACCUGAAGAGAAGACCUCAUCGAGACCUGAAGAGAAGACCUCAUCGAGACCUGAAGAGAAGACCUCAUCGAGACCUGAAGAGAAGACCUCAUCGAGACCUGAAGAGAAGACCUCAUCGACACCUGAAGAGAAGACCUCAUCGACACCUGAAGAGAAGACCUCAUCGACACCUGAAGAGAAGACCUCAUUGACACCUGAAGAGAAGACCUCAUUGACACCUGAAGAGAAGACCUCAUUGACACCUGAAGAGAAGACCUCAUUGACACCUGAAGAGAAGACCUCAUUGACACCUGAAGAGAAGACCUCAUUGACACCUGAAGAGAAGACCUCAUUGACACCUGAAGAGAAGACCUCAUUGACACCUGAAGAGAAGACCUCAUUGACACCUGAAGAGAAGACCUCAUUGACACCUGAAGAGAAGACCUCAUUGACACCUGAAGAGAAGACCUCAUUGACACCUGAAGAGAAGACCUCAUUGACACCUGAAGAGAAGACCUCAUUGACACCUGAAGAGAAGACCUCAUUGACACCUGAAGAGAAGACCUCAUUGACACCUGAAGAGAAGACCUCAUUGACAACUGAAGAGAAGACCUCAUCAACAACUGAAGAGCCUCUGGACAAAGGUUCUGCAGGUCCUGGUUCUCUAAAGGAUGAACCAGAUCAACAAAGCACAGGAAAGUCACAACCAUUUGAACCUGAGAUAAAAGAUGAGCAAGUCCAAAAAGAAGUCAGAAGACGAGGUGGGAGGAGAACUGCAGCAUCACAGGACAAGGAUACAGCAAAGGAAGAAGUUCCUGUUGCAGCAACUUCUCGAAAGAGAACAAGUAAAAUAUCCUCAGAGGCUGAACCUUCAACAUCAGGGGUUAGUGAAAAGCGUGGCAGGAGACAGGUUCCUAGAAAGGGUGCAAAAAAAGAUGUCAAUGAAGAGUUAGAAGAGGAACAUAAGCAGUCUAGUUCCAAUGCUGUGGAAAUUAAGGAGAGUUCUGCCCCAGAAAUCCCAUCAGUAAAUCCAACUGAGGAGAUAGAAAGUGUGUCUUCAGUAGAUGACAAGAAAAGUAACACAGUUCAGCAGAUUUCUAAGGAUUCCAGGGAUCAAACUUCCUUGGAGAACAAGGAAAUGUUAUGCACUGAGGCUCCUGUUUCUUCAACAAAUAUUGUAAGUGAGGAGUCUAUGGAGGCAAAGGAUAAUUCUGCUGAAAAGGAGCCUGAUUCACGUCAGAAUAAAAAAACAGCAAGAAACAAAAGACGAGUGGCUACAAGGCUACAGAAUGAAGCAGAUAAGGAUGAAGGUAAAGAAGAAAACAUAGGAGAUCAUAAUUUGAAGACCUCUCAGGAGAAAGAUACGAGCAAACAAUCUUCACCAUUACAGAUACAGCAAGAAGAAAGUCAAGGUAGAAAAGCAACUCGGAAAUCUCGUGUUAAGCCUUCAGAUGAAGUUGAGGACACUACAGGUACAGCAGAAGAAAACAAAAAGAUGGAAGAAGUCUGCCAAGCUAGUCAAGUUUCUGGGAAUGAAAGAUCAAGAAGAACGAGGAGGAGUCUGAAGGAAGACGUUAAAGAGGAAUCUGAAAAAAUACAAGAGGUCAAGGGAAAAGCCAGAAAGAACACAAGUGUUGAAGAUGCUGAACUAAAACACGAAGAUAUGCCAGAAAGCGAUAAAAGACCAAAAAGAACCAGAAAAAAUUCUAAGAAGGAUACCACAGAACCAGAAGUGAAGGAAGAUGGUAAAACAGAAGGAAAGGAAUCUGUUACAAAACCUACAAGGGGACGAAAGAAUAUAAAAGAACAGCAAAAACCUGAAGAUAAUAUUGAACCUCAGGAAACGGCCAGCAGUGAUUCUCAAACAUCAAAAAGAACUAGAAGAGAAUGCCGAGGAGAAGACACGAUUGUACAAGAAACUGUAAAAGAAACUACCUCCAGAAGAACAAGAAGACACUCUAUGGAAGAAGAGGCUGCAAAAUUGGAAGACCAAACAAAAAUGCCUAGGAGGACUAGAAAGAACUCCAAGGAAGAGACAACAACUAAGGAAACGGUUGAUGAAAGUCCUGAAGAUAACAAAGAGGAAGCGGCUGAAGGAAAGACAACUCGAAAAACUAGAAAAAACGUCAAAGAUGAUGAGACAAGUAUGAAUGAGACAAAACAGACUGAGAAAAACUCCAAGUCUGAAAGAUCAUCAAGAACACGAGCAAAGGCAUCUGAUGAAAGUAAAGAGUUAAAUGAAGAUGUGGAAGACGUCAACAAGAGAGCAGAGGAGAGUCCUAAAGCGUCCCCACAAGAGGAGACGUCAAAGCCUGCCGGAGGGAGAGGCAGGCGAGCAGCUAAAAAAGAAGACAUACCUCAGUUUUCUACUCCAGUUGCUUCAAGGAAACGAGGACAAGCGACGAAGGCAGAAGUAGAAGUAAAGAGGAAGAAAUCAGACGAGGGUGAAGAUGAAGAAGAGCCGAGAGUGGUGGAAACACCAAAAAGUCGAAGAGGGAGACCAAGGAAACAGGAUACACAACAGACGCCGACUAGAAAGGAUGUCACCCCACCUGAUCCUUCCCCAUCUCGAAACACCCGUCAAAGGCAAAGUUCUGUUUUAGGUAACUCAUCAGAGCCCAUAACGCCCCGACGCACCAACCGAGUAUCCACUCCAGCACCUGCUACCAGACUGGCUCAGUCAGCAUCUGCUCCCAAGAUUCUGUUCACAGGGGUGGUGGAUACAGCUGGCGAGGAGACAAUCCGCUCUCUGGGUGGAGAUAUUGCAAAAUCGGUGUUUGACUGUACCCACCUGGUAACUGACCGGGUCCGGAGAACUGUGAAGUUUCUCUGUGCCCUUGCGAGGGGCAUUCCCAUCGUCACCUUGGACUGGAUAGAUAAGUGUAAGAAGAGCGGACGCUUCUUAUCCCCAACUGGAUUUCUUGUUCAUGACAAAGAACAAGAGAAAAACUUCAACUUUUUGUUGUCGGAAUCUCUGCAGAAAGCAAAGAGGAGUCCGCUCUUUGAGGGCUAUGAAAUUCAUGUAACUGCGAACGUCAAACCAGACCCGGACCAGAUGAAAGAUAUUAUCUCCUGCAGUGGAGCAACCUUCCUUGCUAAAAUGCCUCGGACAUUCAAGGAAAAAUGUGUUAUUGUGUCUUGUCCUGAAGACGCUGCUCGUUGCAAGUCAGUCCCAUCAUCAGUUCCGAUAACGUCAGCAGAAUUUAUCCUCAGCGGCAUCCUACGCCAGGAAGUGAACCCCACUGCCUAUCUGCUCAGCCCUGCGGACACUGGGCCCACCCCAGCUAAGCGGAAGCGCUAACUCUGGUGUACAUACCCACCAUGUACUAUGUAGUAGUAUUAUUUUCUUUUGUGCAGCAGCUUUUUUUAGGGAUCCAUGUUGGAGAUAGGGGAGCAACUUUUACAGGGUUAUGACCAUUUUUCUUAUGAAGACUUAAAGCAUCGGUCCUUGGGCAUUCUGCAAGACUUUGGACCUCGUAGUGGCAGCUUGUUUCCACAAAUGAACAUGGAAAAGCGUGUUCUGCAGGAGCCACAUGACAAGUGAAAAAUCGGAAUCUACUUCUGACCAAUAUGUUCGUUUUUAGUCCAUGAGCUUUGUAAUGUAUUUGUUUAUAAAAUUGUGUUUGGAUAAAGGCAGGAAAAGAGGGGAGCAUUUGGAAUUUUAAAGGAACAAAAUAAUUUAUAUUGUGUGGAGACGCCAUUGGUAUUGGUUUUAUCUGGAGUAUUCUGUUUUGCAGUCUUUGAGUACUGCGGGUAAGGGAAAUGUAUCCCCAUCCUAAAGAUAGAGGGGAUAAGUGUCAAAUCACGGGGGAUCUCCUGUAGGCGCCCCGGCUAAAAAGAGCUGUGUUUGAAGCAGUGGCCAACGCGCCCACUCCAUGCAUCUCUAUGGGAGAGCCAGAGCGCUGUACCCGGGUAUCUCCAGCUCUCCCAUAGAGAUGCAUGGAGGGGGUGUGUGGGCCACGCCUCCAUUUAUGAGGAGAGCCGGGAUGCCGUACAGGAGAGAUCGCAGGGGGUCCCAUCCGUAGGAUAGGGAAUACAUUUUCCAAACCCAGAGUACUCCUUUAAAGGACACAUCCCCUAUCCACAGUGGGAUCACCGGAGAUAGCCAAGUGCGGUACUUAGCUAUAUCCAUUGCACCCAACCAUAAUGAAUGGAGUGGCGUCACACAUGCGCGACCUGCUACUCCAUUUCCACAGGGGCCUCGGGUCCCUGUACUGAUCAUGGUGGUUUCAGUAGUCAGAUGCCCUGUGAUCUAACACAUAUAUCCUUUCCUGUGGAGAAGUGUGUUUAGGCUGGCAUGCGCUACCUAUCUGAAAUUAUUGCAGCAGGCAGGUUACGGGUAUCCCUGGCAGGGGAUGAUCCCAAAUCCGACUUGUGUUUUAGCGCUUC